GCCACAGCCGCGCGUGUCGUGUUUGUGUCUCGUGCGUGUUUCGUGUCGUGUUUUUAUUUGGACUUUUACAGUUCGUUUGUUUCACUUUUUCCCAGGAUUCCUCGCGACUCUUCGGUCUCAGGUGAAGCGCAGAUGAAGCGUCAGGUGGAGCGUCAAGUCGCGCUCGUGCUCGCGGCGCUGUGCGCGCUGCUGGGAUGCGCGUGCUCGUGUGAGUUUACGGAGCGCGUGGGUGAGGUCCCGGGGCCCGAGCUCUUGGUCUCUGCGCUGGAGCGCGCGAGAGACUCGGACCCGGAGUCGUGUCGCGCGCGCUGCUGUCAGCGCGUGCACUGUUCCGCCUUCGUGCUCGCGCUCCCUCAGGACGGGCCCGCGCAGUGCUUCCUGCUGAGCUGCGACGGCGCAUGCGCGCUGAAGAAGGACGAGGACCGGAGCGGACAGUUCCGCGUGUUCGCCAAGACCGACGCGCGCGCGCCUGGCAACUCUCUUCACGCGCACCCGCUGAUGCUCGACCGGGGCGCGCGCACCAAGGACCAAAACAACAGCACUGCAGACGUGUGUUCGAUGCCCAUUGUGACGGGCAUCUGUAAGGCGAUGAUUCCUCGCUGGGCGUUCGACGCAGAAAUCGGCGUCUGUGUUUCCUUCGUCUACGGCGGCUGCGGAGGAAACAACAACAGCUUCGAGAGUCAAGAGGAGUGUGAGGCGGCGUGCGCCGGGGUCAAAGGUCACACAGGUAAGGGUCGAGGAAAACCGAACAAAAUGGUCCGCAGAGCUCCGCCCCUUCAGAGCGGUUCGAGUGAAGCGAGAGACUCAGAGGAAACUCCUGAGACCAAAGAUAUGAGCCAGGACCAGUACACAGAGCUGUGUGCGGCGCCCCUGGUGGUGGGUCCGUGUCGCGCCGCCUUUCCUCGUUGGUUCUUUAACGUCUCGAGCGGAAACUGUGAACGUUUCAUCUACGGAGGCUGUAAAGGAAACAAGAACAACUACAACAGCGAGGAGCAGUGUACACACACAUGUGCACAAGUGAAAGUUCAACAGUCCAAGAAGCAAAUCCCAAAGACUGAGCCUGAGGACGACAACGGUGCGUGCAGUGCGGCUCCAGACUCCGGUCCGUGCAGAGCCGCCUUCUCCAUGUUUUACUUCGACCCGCAGACUCAGAGCUGCAAGAAGUUUAUUUACGGCGGUUGCCGCGGCAACGAAAACCGCUACAACAACGAGAACGAAUGUAUGGAACAAUGUGUGUCCGGAGGAGUGUCCUCCCAGGGUCGAGGCGCAAACCGCAACCGCUGGACCGCAGCCUUCUUCCUCUUUCUCGCUCUCGCCGCCAUUUCCUUCCUGUUGCUCACGGCGCUCGUCUUCAUCACCCUGAGACGCAAACGCCCACAGAGAACCCUGUCCAUCAGGAGUGAUAAACAGGAGCUGUUGACGGACUCUGAGCGCUCGUCUGUGGACUCUCUGCCUCUGCCCGAGAGUCCGGUCCGGCCCUGAAAGUCCGGUCCGGCCCCGAGAGUCCGGUCCGGCCCUGAAAGUCCGGUCCGGCCCUGAGAAACCCCCUGCCUGUGUGUGUGUGUGUUUGUGUGUGUGGGAUGUUUAAAUUUAACUCCGGAUUCUUUUACUCUGAAUAUUUAACACUUUUACUUUAACUUUUUUGAUCAUUUAUUUUGGAUUGAUUCUUUCGGUUCGUUUAUUUUACUUUUGGUUUUCGAACAGAAUCAGAGAAAUUCUCCAUGUUUAAAAUAUUCAACACUGGAAAAGGAGUAAAAGUGACUUGACUCCUAGAGUUUUUUUUUUUUUUUUUGCACAUUUAAACCCCGUGUGGUUGAAGCAGAGGAGUUUGUGGUGUUUUAUUUUUAUUUUUAUUUUGGCGUACACUUGCUGCUUUUGUUUUGAAAAGCCUGGUUUGAGUUUCUGGGACGAUGACGUUUUUAAAAACAACGGUUCACGAAACACACUCCGAUGAAAAGCGACGGUUUUUCACAAUAAUCAAUAUUUAAUCCACUUUUUGUUUUUUCCGAGCCGCGACGUCGACCGAGCGAAAACCGAGAGCGGCUCCAGUCAAACGAGGCUCAGUGAGGUCUGCGGGACAAAAGAGUCAAAUAAAGGUCCAGGAUCAUGUAGAGCGAGUUCUAAGGAAGAGCUUUUUUUUUUCAUUAGAUUUUGAAUUUUAAAUCUUGCUGAAUUUCUUGCUUUGAAUUUUUUUUUUUUUACUUGUAAAAAUGUAAACUUGAAAUUUAGGCAGCUAAAAUUCAGAAUAAAAAUAAUUAAAAAGUAUUUUUCCAAAGGGUUUAAAAUAUAAUACAAAAAAAAUUAAUACUCAGUGCAAAUAUUUUCAAAAUUUUUGACUUGAAUUUGAGCGCUUCAAAAUAUUUUUGGUUUUAGACCUGGUUUAGAUUCUGGUUUAGAUUCUGGUUUAGAUUCGGGUUUAGACCCGAGUUUAGAUUCGGGUUUAGAUUUGUGUUUAGUUUUGUUUGAUUCUUUCAUGUUUUGGAGCAGUUUUUUUUAUUUUUAUUAUUAUUCCCCUGUAAAUAAGGAACCUGAAAAUAUUUGUGCUGAAUAUUUAAAAAAAAAUUUAUUUUUGAAAAAGUACAAUAAAAUUUGAGCCACUAAAAUUCAGAAUAAAAAUAAUUCAAACAUGUUUUUCAGAGUUAAAAUAAAUUCAACAUGAAAAAUUCAGCAGGAUUUAAAACUCAAAAUCUGAACGUAAAGCGGAGCCAGUGGAGCCGGAAACGCGCCCGUGCUCACUUCCUGUCUGGAACAUGGCGGCGGCGUCCGUUUAAAUCCACGGUCUACGGCGGCGACUUACACGACGUAAUCUUUGAAUGAAACUGAUUUGACUGUUACUGAAAUCACUGUAGAUCAAAAUCACACUGGAAAUGUUUGAAUUUACGAGUUGAAGAUAUUUCUUUUUUUUUUCUGUAUUUUAUUGUUUUUAUUUUUGUUUUUGAAUCACAUAUUAAAAAUUAUUAUGAAAACUUCACAUCAGGACUCGGGCUCAUAAAACGACCGAAACGACACGAGGGAAAUAAACCGGGAAUAAAACACAGAAACAUUCACUCAAAACGGAAAACGGAACAAAAUUUUAAAUAAAUAAAAUGUUUAAAUAAAAUGUUUGUUCAAAUGUUUCAUGAGGCUGCGUCCUGAUCGGUUUGAGGCGAAGGAUUUGAUCAAUAAAAAUAAAAUGUGAAAAA